AGCGGACGCCUGCAGGGCUCGGGGCGGCACCCGCCGGCGUGACGGAUCGGACGGUGGCCGCCGAGGGGCGCGGCGAGGCUCGCCCGGGCCGGGCCGGCUCUGCCCCCGCAGCCGGUGCCAGCCUUCUGAAAAGCCUCGCUCGGUGCCGUCUCCUCUUCCUGGUGCUGCAGGAUCUCGGUUUGUUCCCCUGUCUCACCGGCGUCUGUGGAUAUCAGAGGCUCCGUGCUUCGCCCUGCCCCAGCUCCGCGCUGGUGCGGUGUGAGCGGCGGCAGCUGUGCAGCACGGCAGGCCCCAGAGCGCCAGCGCCGGCCAGGGCAGCGCUGGGCUCGCCGCUGCCGGUGCAGCUGGGCGGGCAAUGGCGGCCGACGCCCGCCGGCGGCUCCUUCCCGCCUGGAUGGGGGCGACGCGGGAGGAGCGGGCGACGGCGGCGCCCGCCAAGGCCGAGCAGUGUCGGCUCCGGGAGGCAGCAGGGCGCAGGGCGGCGACGGCGCUUGUCUACUGCAUGAACGAAGCUGAGCUGCUGGAUGUAGCCUUGUCUGUCCUGGCUGAGAAUGCACAGUGCGAGGAAGCUGAGCGCCAGGCCCGCUGUGGGAGUGAAGAGGAGCAGCAGUGCCAGCCGACGCCAGGCGAGGCUCCUGGAAGCACUGCGGAAGGCAGCGACCCCAGUCCAGUUGCCCCAUGCCCUCCUGACGCUGGUGCUGACACGGAGAGGACGGUGGAGGACUCUGACGACUCUGCUCUGAAAUAUGUCAGGGAGAUCUUUUUCAGCUAACGCAGCCUUCUCUGCAGCUGCCCAGCAGCAAAACGACAGAGUAGGGAGAGUGACCUCCCCCUCAGCAUUGUGUACGGUGGCAGGGCUGGAGUGGGCUGUGUGUCUGCCGUGUUGGUGGCCCGAGGAGCUGAUAGGAGGCCCAUGAAGGCCUCCCCGAUAGCACGGCAUCUAAAUAGGAGCAAGGACACCAGCCGAGCCCGGACACCGCUGCCUUGCUCGCACCUUGCACACUGCUGCCCUCUUUCUGCUUGCCAGACCCAGCUGUUUCUGUGCGCCCCCUCACCUGCAGGCGAGGGCUUAGGCAGCAAGAAACCUCUGAAGCCGUGAGUGAUCUGAUGGCAAGAGUUCUCCUGCUUUAGUCCUCCCGGCCAGAUGAGAGGCACCGUUCUGGUUCUAGAAGCAUCCUUGGAGGUGGAUCUGUUGCAGAAGUGUGUGUUGGGCUGAGACAUGUGGGACAUAGAGCCUUGAAGCUGUUUUCAGAGUCCCACCUCUCUGGGAUUUCCCAUUUAGGCAUGCUCUGGAAACCUCCAGGUGGUGCAUAGGUUGGGAGCCUAUAAUACUGCACCCACACCCAAGAGCACAGGGCAGGUGGAAGGAAGUGCAGGGUUUUGGUCUCUAUUGCUUGGCAUCCCUCCUGGGAUGCCAAAGCUGCCAACAGGGAGAGGUACAGUCAAGCUUAUUCUGGAGGCCUUCUUCCACAUUUUUGACUGCCUUUUUGGCAGGUAGAUGCCCUGCUUUCUUCCAGGCAUUUAGGCAGAGAAGAUUGUGUCUGGAAGCUGGGCAGGAUGCAAUAUGCUCUGCUGUUCUUCCUAGCAAUGUUUUACAGGUGUCCUCUGGCUUCAGUUGCUCGGAGCCUGUCUGAGGAUGGAGCAGCAGGGGAGGAUGGUGUGGGGUAAGCAGGGGGAUGAUCUUCACAGUAUCACAUUACAGUAUCAUCAGGGUUGGAAGAGACCUCACAGAUCAUCAAGUCCAACCCUUUACCACAGAGCUCAAGGCUAGACCAUGGCACCAAGUGCCAUGUCCAACCUUGCCUUGAACUGCCCCAGGGACGGCGACUCCACCACCUCCCCGGUGGGAAAGGAGAGGAGAAAGAGCAGGGCUUCUGCAUAUGUGUGCUGCAGGUAGGAGAGACUGGAUGGAGUGCUUGGGCUGGUGAAGCCUCGUGUCUGUGGGUGGGAAAGGAGAGCACUUCUGAGUAGCCAGUUUCCACUAAAUUCAUCUGCAGUCCUUUCUUCCUGGAAUUGUUUCCUGAAGCACUGUAACUUCUUGUACGUGUGUGUGUGUGUGUGUGUUAAGGAGCUGCUCACAUGGCUUUACUGUGGAAUGAACUGCUCUGCAGCUCUUGGUUUCUGGUGGUGCAGUUAAAGCACACAGCAAGAUUAUCAACAGGCCUCCUAACAGCAAUCACAGGUCAAGCAUGAGAUGAGAUGGGACACUGAAAAGUGUUUUGCUUAUUUUUGCCUGCUCCUUUGACAGGAAGCUUCUACCCUUCCUUCCCAGAAGCUGGCCAUGACCGUGGGCCUCAUUCCUGAGGGAAUCUCCACAGCAGAACUCUGUUGUCUCUAGCUACUCAGGAACCUUCUCAACUACAGCCAGUACUGCCCCAUUAGAAUCAUAGGAUCACCUAGGUUGGAAGAGACAUCGCAGUUCAUCCAGUCCAAGCUAUCACCCAGCCCUUUCUAAUCAAGCAGACCAUGGCACUAAGUGCCUAUUCCAGUCUUUUCAUUGUACCAGGCUUGAGGGAUUCCUGUGGGAGUUCUUCAUCUAGUGAGAAGAGAGUUCAUUUCUUACUCCACCUUGCUUAGAAAUCACUGUUCAGGAACAAAUCACAAAAUGACCAUGUUUUUUUCAUCUGUAAUGUGCUGACAAGUGAAAAUAAAUCAAUGCCAGUGAAGUAAAA